AACCCAAACUUUCAGGCGAUGAGUUUUACAUUUAAAUUCUCAUUGUUACUUUUUUAUCAUAAUAUGUUUCAAUUAUUUUCUAAUUGUUAUUCAAGUUGAUGGUAUAAAUUGAACAUUUAAAUGUAUUUUUAUAAACUAGGGUUCGUAUUUUUGAAUUUGGUCUUUUCAAGACAAACUUUUUUGCAGCCGCUUGUGGAAAUUAUCAGAGGUGUUGCAAGGAUAAAAAAAUAUAUUUGGAGCCAGCGGAUCAAAGUAGAAUGUUCUUGAUUGGAUUUAUCAAGGGUUAAUUUAUCAUAAAACAACAAUGAAUGCAAAUUCAGAGACUGAGACAGCAAAAUUUAUGUGGAAUAUUGACUGUGUGGUUGGUGCAGAGUCAUGGGUUCAGUCGAAACAGUUCUAUUUACAUAGUAGAGAUCGAGUUGGUUUUGAUAUUGGGUUACGGAAUACUCUUCCAAAUCAGGGUUCACUACAACUACGAGUCAGAAAAAAUGAUUUGAGACCAGCAAAAGCUAGUAUACAGAUUAAUCAAAUUCUCACACCACAAAUAUUUGAUAAUUCAACAAAAAAAGUUGAUAAUCCACCACAAAAAGUAGGAUGGUCUAAGCUCCAUUCUAUGUUAUUUGGUAACUCUUCUAUUCCAUCUUCUUCUAGGCGCAAUAACGCAAAACCUUCGGUAACUCGUAGGUGCAUAGGCGCAUUAGAAAAAAAUGAAUGGAAACAGUUUUUCAUUCUUGAUAUUACAGGCUAUGAGAAUGAAUCAGUCGAAGCACGUUAUGAUGAUUGUAAGAUUUAUUUAAAGAUGAGGAUUGAAUGCGAAAUAACUUGGCUGGGUUUCAUUAACGAAAAGCCUGAAAUUAUGAUGCCAACAAGUUUUGAGCAAUUUCUCAAAGCAGAUGUAUUCAGUGAUAUCACCCUGAUAGUUGGUAAUCAAGAAUUACCAGCACACAGAGUUAUUCUGUCAACGCACAGUCCGUAUUUUCACGAGAUACUGACAAGCGGGACAAAAGAAGCCAUAGAAAAUCGUAUUGCUAUCGAAAAUUUCUCCCUUGAUGUCAUUACCGAGAUGCUGGAAUUUUUUUAUACCGGAAAAACAAAAGCGAGCAAUGAUGCCGACGUUGCAUUGAAAAUGAUUGAGGUUGCAGAGAUGUAUCAAAUCAGCAAGUUGAAGGAAAUUUGUGAGAGCACAUUGAUAAAAAACAUGACCAUUAAAAAUGUUUUGACUAUUUUAAAGGUAGCUGAUGAUUAAAAUGUAAUUCGAUUAUGUGAUGAAGCGAUUCAUUUUAUGUUUGACAACAAUAACAAAAUUGUUGAUCUUCCUGAAUCCAAGGAUUUGUGCUGAAGUAAACCUUUGUUGAUGGUUGAAUCGAUGCAGUUCCCCAGACAGCAUUCAAGUCGGAAUGACUGCUUUACGAUGUCUUUUUGAAAGCGUCUUCAAGAAGUCUUAUAAUUAAAUUUUUUGUAUCAACAACAUUAAUUUUAAAUUUUUUUACUUGGUUUUUUAAAAUAUUCUUUUAACUGAUGUAUUAUUGUAUUAUAGUUUUUAAUAAACUCAGUAA